AGUUCGCGGCGAAUUGGCUAGUGCAACAUGGCUGAAGUGUAAAUUGUAACUGUACUUUAAUGUCAUGUAACAGACUUGUGCUUAUUAUGUGCACUACAGCGUGGUCACACUUAACAGCAACGGGCAAUCUUCUCUGAGGUGGGGUUGGAAAAUAAAACAGUCAUCGGGGUUGCAGGAGCCUCCUAAAUUGGACAAAAGUCCCUGACAGUGUCUAAUGGGUAUAAGCAGGUUAGAUGUGCUGUAUAGACGACUACUGUUAACUAAACUCUUCAUUCAAGGAUGGGGAAAGCCAGAUGAUCUAAAAAGGAUAUUUCAGUUUAGAAAAGUUAUUGGAAAUAGAGACACCUGCAAAAACUUGGUUCCUAAAGAUUAUCCUGUGUUCAUUGACAAGGUAGAAGAACAGAGUGACUGUAAAAUUCUGGAUGGUCACUUCAUUUCUCCUUUAGAACAUUAUCUUCCGGGAGUCUUGCCUACAGAAUCUGUAAAAGCCAGGUUUCAAUUCAUCCUACCCAAAGAAUGGAAGAGGAAACACAGAGCAGUGUGCAUUCACCUUGCAGGCACUGGAGAUCAUUUCUUUUGGAGAAGACGAACUUUGAUGGCACGGCCCAUGAUAAAGGAAACAUGCAUGGCAUCGUUGCUACUUGAAAAUCCUUACUAUGGUUACAGAAAACCAAAAGACCAAGUACGAUCAUGUUUAAAAAAUGUCUCUGAUCUGUUUGUGAUGGGAGGCGCUUUAGUACUUGAGUCUUCUGCUCUGCUGCACUGGCUUGAAAGAGAAGGCUAUUGGCCUUUGGGAAUGACUGGAAUAUCUAUGGGAGGGCAUAUGGCUUCUUUAGCAGUAACAAACUGGCCGAAACCAAUUCCAUUGGUUCCUUGUCUCUCCUGGUCUACCGCUUCUGGGGUAUUUACAACAGGUGUUCUCAGCAGGGCAGUUAACUGGAAAGAAUUGGAAAAGCAAUAUGCAUCACAUACAGUAUAUGAAGAAGAAAUCAUCAGAAUGCUUGAAUAUUGUGGAACAGAUUCAUUCAAAAUGGGCCAAGACUUUGUAAAGGACUCUGCAAUCAGCCUGGACAGUCUUGAAGACUUUAACAUCUCUCCAGACAUGCUACAUUUCCGGAAGGCAAGGACUGAAUCUCAAAUGGAAACUGACCGACAUGUUGCUUGCAAAACCACUGUCACUACAUCAGGCGAAGGUCUACUGAUUCAAGGAUCUCCAAAAUUUAGAUACUUGGAUGAGAAUUUGACUUCUAUGAAUACCAGCAGUACCAUUUUUAAUGUAUUAAAUUCUAAAGAGAAGACACGAAAGUUGUCUCUACAAAGAGAAUCAUUACUUUUCAUGAAGGGGGUCAUGGAUGAAUGUACCCAUAUUGCCAACUUUUCAGUUCCCAUUGAUCCGAGCCUAAUUAUUGUGGUGCAAGCAAGAGAAGAUGCCUAUGUUCCUCGCACAGGUGUACGAAGCCUUCAGGAAAUCUGGCCAGGGUGUGAGAUCAGAUAUCUCGAGGGAGGACACAUAAGUGCCUAUCUCUUCAAACAAGCGGUGUUCAGGCAAGCAAUCUAUGAUGCAUUUGACCGCUAUCUACAGAAGUAUUCAGUUUCAUGGUGAGGAACAUAAGCUACACAAGACUUUAAUGGAAAACAGAAUAUUCAACUGCACUUACUGUGUUGUAAUGGUGCUUUUUUAAUUGUCUUGGAUUUUUUGUUAAUCAUUGUUUAAAAAGCAUAUAAAUUCAAUGUAAAAAGAUACAGAAAUAUAACACUGAGGCCUUUUUUUUUUUUUUUUAACAGCACACUAAGGUAAUAGGAUUUAUAGUAGGAUGAGAAUAAUAAUCAAAAAAGCAAUGUUAUGUUUUAACAUUAACAAAUUAAAUUUUCAGUAGAGCAUUAUAAACCUUUUUGCUAGACUAAACUUACAUGAUGUGGAAUAAAACUACAGAUCUGGGACAGCAGAGGCAUAUCUUAAAUUAAAGUCAAAUCUGGAAAAUACUCAAGUUCUACAAUAUUUAAUUACCAAACACAGUGCAACAAGGACCAGUUUAUUUUUGUGUCAUUUUAUGUAUGGUAAUGUUUUUGGAUUUUGCAUCACAGUUAAACCUCCUUACAAGUGAACAGCACAGCAACUGGUAAUAAACUACAGGAAAACCAGAGUAAAGUUAUAAACUGUAUAUUGUACGUCCUACAAAUUGAAAUGUUUGAAAUAUUUUAAUUUUUUAAAAUUACCUUUAAUGACUUUAUUAUAAAGUAUGUAGUUGGCAUAUUUUUUUACAGCAUGUAAUCCUGAGAAAUAGCACUGAGAACAUUAAUGGAAAUGAAUGUUAAAAACUGAUUUGCCAACUGAAUGCAUUCAGUGUUUAACCCCGAUUUCUCUUCAUUUACUUUUUCUGUAGAAAUAUGUUUGGUGGUCUCCUUCAAAUAACAUUUUCUCAAGAAAAUUAACAUAUAUUAAAUUGAACAAAUUAUCUUUUGACAUAAUGUUUUACAUUAAAUAUCAAUAAGUGCUAUAAUCCAUGUGCAAUCAUGUACUGUAUAGCAUUGAGCAUUGCUGAAUUUGUAUCAUAAUGUAUAAGAUUAACAGAAUGUUUUGUUAUAUCAAACAUAAUGACUUUAUUUAUAAUUAGGUCACAAGAUUCCAGCUUUUUUUGUUUACACAGUGUGUGCACGUUUUUCUUUUGUCAGUGAACUUAAUUUUCUUAAUAUAGUCAAUGAGUUUUCCUGUACAAAGGAAAACAUUUUAAUCAGGAAAUGCCGCUUGACUGUGUCAUACACUGUGUAUUUAGUUUUUUUUUUUUAAUUCUUUGUAUUCUGUUAAUUAUCGUUUUGUCCUUUUAUUCACAAUUCUUAAUUAGAGAGUACUUGUAAAAACACAUUAUCAAGUGAAAUUUAAAACAAAGUAAUUGACGGGCAACUGAUAAUUGUGUCUUCCAUGUUUAGUUUAUCAGAUAAUCAUUUUUAUUCAUAUUGUGAAGUUGAUUUAAAAUAAUGUGGGAAAUAAAUAAGUGGACCUUUUGUAAAUAUAUAACUAUUUUUUCAAUAAAUCAAAUGGAUAUGCUGCA